AUGGCUUCGUCGUCGAACCGGAAUACGUGCCAAGAGCAGGACCUCCGCUACUACUACAAACUCGCAUAUGGCCGGCUCUUCUUCAGCAAUCUGUACCAGGAAGCACAGGUAUGUCUCCCUUUUGCCUCGAGUCGCGUCGCCACGAGACCCAUUGCUCUAUCAGUGCCGGAUAAGGGGGGAGACAGAUGCUCUUCUCUGUCGGGAAAGAUGCUCUUCUCUGUUGGGGGGACAACAUAAUAGGAAGGGAAAAUGACUGACCUCUUCCCUAGAACGUCAACCUCGCCUUCGUCCACUUCCUCGACACGACACACCUCGAACUCCUCACGGCUUUCCGUCGAGAUCAGGACUACGACGCCUUCCGUGCCCUCGUCUCCCGGCAGAGAAAUCGACCGAGCGAGAAUACGAAUCUGGCGGUGGAAGCGUUGAGCGAUGCUGCGGCUGUUCUGGAGAGGAACGGGCGGCAUUGGGAGGCGGUGCGGAUGGGGGAGUUUGUGCAGCAGAUGGUGAGCCAUGCGCAGGAUCUCGCCAACGAUGGGUCCUAG